AUGAUCGACACCAUGUCUGAACAGCCACGGGUCAUGGCUAAGGGACUUGUUACCACUGCGGCCACCCAAGUCACUGCCCACGAUGAGCUCUUGGGCAGCGUGGAUGGCUUAGAAUGUAUUAUGAUGGAAGGGCUUCCUCAGGGCUCGCCAGAUCGAAGCAUGGCAUCAGGGUCAGCAUUUGCUGGGGACACAGACGUCGGCCGUCUUGAGAGACUUCACUGUGUAAUUGCAUCCCGAAUCCUGGAGCGUAACGAUGCAGACCUCGAAUCCUGCAACUUUGAUGUAACUCAGCAGAUUGAUGCCGACCUACAAAAUGUCUCCGAAAUGAUGUCGAGUGGCUAG